GUUGUAGGCUCAAAUGCUUUCAUGAACCCCGGGGUUCGCACAACUUGUGCUUGCCAACACGCCAACGGGAAAUGUGCGGUGAUACUUCGGCAUAAAGUCUCAGCAUGGACUGAAAGUUUCGUUGGUGUCACUGAGGUCGUUCAUUAAGACUGCACGGGAAGUAGCCUACGGCUGAUUACAGAAAAAUGUGGGGACAACAAGGGGUUUAUAAGCCUAUGUGAAAAUGGAAAACCACUGACUGACAGUCAGUCAGUUGUCAGUCUCUGCUUGGUCCUCCAUUGUCAGCAUUGGGCAAGGCCUGCCAGAGUGCUUCCUGUAAUCUGGAGCAAGACGGUGAGCUGGAGGACCAAAGAAGAGUGGGUGCAAACUGUGGAGCAAGAAAAGUGGGAUAGUGUGUGUGUGUGAGAGAGAGAGAGAGAGAGAGAGAGAGAGAGAGGAACCACUGUAUCAGCUACUGCAGAGCCAUGUCCCAGGAGAAGAGGAAACCGAGGACCGUGGAUGUGCUGCCAUCGGACGGCGGCUGGGGUUGGGUCAUCGUGGCCGGCUGCUUCAUGGUCACCAUCUGCACGCGUGCCGUGACCAGGUGUAUCUCCAUUUUCUUUGUGGAGUUUCAGAUGCACUUUGGCCAUGACUACUCAGGGACAGCAUGGAUUCACUCUUUAGUUGACUGCACAACUAUGCUUUGUGCACCUCUUGGCAGCUUCAUUGGGAACAGGUUCUCGUGUCGCGUGGCCGUGAUUCUGGGCGGGCUCCUGGCGUCCACUGGCCUGGUGCUCAGCUCCCUUGCCACUAGCCUCGAGUUCCUGUACCUCAGCCUGGGGGUCCUGACAGGCGUUGGGUUCGCUCUGUCUUACACACCGGCCAUUUCCAUGGUGGGGGCGUACUUCUCCGAGAGGAAAGCCCUGGCCUUCGGUAUUGCCAUGUCAGGGAGCGGCAUUGGCACCUUCAUCCUGGCGCCCGUUGUCCAGCUCCUGAUUGACUACUAUUCGUGGCGCGGUGCGCUGCUUAUCCUGGGCGGAUUUGUGUCCAAUCUGUGCGUCUGCGGGGCCCUUCUCCGACCCAUCGUCCUCAAAGAGGACGAGGACGAGGCAUGUCCACUUGCCAGGGACUCAGAGUGUGGCUUCAAAGCCCCGACGGAGAAAGAAGUGCUUCAGACCAAGAUGGACAGUGAGCGUUGCUCUUCCUCCUCAUCGUCCUUCUCCUCCUGUUCUGUCUCGUCCCUGUCUUGCUUCCAGUCCCUACAAGAGUACAGCUUCCUGCUCAUGCCGGACUUCCUGGUGCUGGCUGGCUCCUUUCUGUUCCUGGCCAAUGGCUGCAGCCUGCCCUUCGUCUACCUGGUGCCGUACGCACUGGAUGUUGGGGUCAGCCACCACCAGGCUGCGUUCCUCAUGUCUAUCUUAGGCAUUGUUGACAUCAUCGGAAACAUCACUUUCGGAUGGCUCACUGACCGGAGGUGGUUGAAGAGGCACCGCAAGCUGUGCUACAUGUUCGCCUUGGGCAUGGAGGGUCUGUGCUGCCUCUUCAUCCCCCUCCUCCGCACCUUUGCCCUCCUGGUGCCGUUCUCCGUGCUCUACGGCUACUUCGAUGGCGCUUACGUGGCACUCAUACCCGUGGUGACCUCCGACGUGGUGGGCACAUCGCAGCUGUCGUCGGCCCUGGGAGUGGCCUACUUCUUGCACGCCAUUCCGUAUCUUCUCAGCCCGCCAAUCGGAGGCUGGUUGGUGGACACCACAGGCAGCUACACGGCCACCUUCUUCCUGAGUGGCUUCUCGCUCAUUGCCAGCUCGCUGUUGCUCUUCACGGCCGCGGUCGUCCGCCGCUGCCACCAGAGACAGCCCCGCCACGGGGACGCCAACGGAGCCCAGGCGUCCCCCACGGGAGACCCCUGCUGUAAGAGCAAACAGGCGGACUUUUAUAGCCCCAAAAACAAGGACAUGAUGAUCACGAACACGCCGGCCACCACCUCCUAGCAGCGUGGAACAUUUCAAAACUAUGUGUCUUUUUUUAUUUUAAAAUCACGAAAAUCCCAAAAGUGUAUUUCUGUUGUUGUUGGAAUUUGACAAUAACAUUUUGAAAUGAAAACAAAAAAUAUAGUACAUUCAGACGACACCAAACUACUCGUUACUCUUCCAGCCUACUCAGAAAAAGGACUCCAAAGAAGGGUUUUGUACUUAUAAAAGACACACAUUGAUGCACGUUGCAUCAAAGGCCAGUGGUCCUUGUGUAUCAUAUCACACGAAUAAUUAAUUCACUUUCACUUUCGUCAGUGAAAUCUAUUGCUGAUUAAUUGCCAUUGCAUUAAAUAAACAAUGAUGUGUGCUUAUUUUAAAAUCUGGAAAGCACCGUUUCUGCACAGAAGUGUCCUUGUGCAGCUCAGGGUACAAAUGAAAGUCUAUAAAUAAUAACUUUUAAUUGUAUUUUUAUAAUUGCUUAAGGAUAAGAUUACACACAGUCAUAUUCUUUCUUGACACCAAAUGCAUGCAAUACCAAACUUAAAUGUGUACAUGAUACAAACAACUGACCUUUCAGAUGAUGCUAAUUUUGACAUUUCAAUGCAAUGCAUUUGCAGUUUAUAUAAAGGUGUACCGUCACACCGGUGUGAUGGGAAUGUUGGAAGAUUAACGUUCUAAAGUAUAUCUGGAUUCACUGAAUUCAACAUUAUAGAACCUUGAAUUGUUGCGGAACGGAAUCUUAUGUUAGAAUGUUCAAAAAACCACACCUUUGGGUUAGGCUAACACCACUACAGCUCCUGCUGCCUGUCUGGAUGGAACAUUUUAGAUGACAUGAAUUCACAUGGUAACUGUGUUUGAAAAUGGCAUAAUUUGUAAUUCACAUACAGGGGAUUUUGCAAACAGGACAAUUUUUCAUUGCAAUAAAUGUAAAUUAAAUUUUCUAGCACAUUUUCUAUUUGUAAUAUAGCCUCUGUUUAAUAUUGUUUUUGAAUUUGAAAAAUAAAAUACUGGAAACAUC